AUGUCGUUCCAUCCCCGAACCCCUCAAAGCCCUUCCCAGUUUUCUCCUGGCACUUCCGACCUCACGUCGAGUAUGAACAGCUCGGUUCCGUCCACAACCACCACUCUGCCGACUCCCGCACACAGCGUCAACGGCAGCGCAUCGCAGCCUUCCGAUAUGUCGCAAGACAUCGUCAUGGGCGACGACUCGCCUCACAAGCGCAAGCGCACACUCGAAGACUAUGGUGAUCGAGAGCAGAAGAAAGUCCACAUCGAGGAUAGCAAAACUGGUAUCGAGGCACUCCACCUGGAUGUCGGAGAGAAAUACCUACUUUGCCAAACUCCACACCACGAGAGACUGCCGCGUAUCACGGAAGAUCUCUUCGAGAUGUUCAACUUGACGGGCAUUGCUGCAGAAGUCGCUCGCGAGAAGCCCAACGGUGAGAAGAACGCUCUUCGCAAGACCUACAAGGGCCAGAUCAAGAAGCUCGGCAUCCUUGGCCGCUUCGACUCCGUCGCCCAGGACUGGGACGCUCCGAGAGAAAGGGACGGCGACGGCGGCGAUAAGAAGAGGGAGGCAUACCAUGGCUUCAGGGAAUUGCUGGAGAUUCCUGAUGCAGAGUAUUGGAACUCGCGGUCAGACCCGAUCACCAAGGGGCUGUCGGAUAGUGUCAAGUCGAUCUUGAACAGAGCUACGACGAUGGCCAAGGGACCGAUUCCUGCCAAGGACUGGGACAGUUCGGUGCUUGGAGAUCUCCCCCCCGGCGGUAUUGACACCUUGAAACAGGGUCUUACUGGCAAGGCAACGGCGCCUGGCACGCCUUUAGCGACCACGCCCAACCCCUUUGUGCGGAAGCAGCAACAAGGACCCCCGGGUGCGGUCCGUCCUCAGCGAACGACAAAGAAGCGAGGCUAUGGCGAGAACACCUACGAGGGCUACGGUGAAGGCUUCCCCGACGACGGCUACUCUACGGGAGAUGGCGACGACAGGGGAGGUCAAAAACGCCGCAAGAAGGAUGGCGGUAACGGCCAAGCGUUCCCGAACGCGAUGCGUCCGCAAGGCUACGGGGCUGUGGGCGCUUAG